AUGCCUGAUCCUUCGCAUGCGGAGGACAGCAAUGCCGCCAAUGCGGCGAUUGCAACCACACCCGCGAAUACAGAGCAGGAGGAAGAAAAGCCCAAGCAAAUCCAACGCUUCACGCAAUACUUCCAACUCCUCAUAUACGCCCAACCAACCAAACUCGACAUCUUCCUACUAGUCACAGGCUUCGUCUGCGCCAUCGCAUCGGGCAUCCCCUUCCCGCUGCUGGGCAUCAUCUUCGGCCAGCUCAUCGACGACCUCAACUCCGCCACCUGCAGCUCCGACAGCUCACAAGAUGCCGGGUACCAGUCCUCGGUCGACGGCAAGAUCCUGUACGUCGUGUACCUGGCCAUCGCGCAGUUCGGCUUCAUGUACAUCCACCUCUCGUGCUGGUCUCUCGGCGGGGCCCGGCUCGCCCAACGCCUGCGCGAGCAGUACCUCAAGGCGCUGCUGCGGCAGGAACCGUCGUUCUUCGACAAGCUGCCGGGGGGCGAGGUGUCGUCGCGGCUGAACGGCGACGUGCAGAGCAUCCGCAACGGGACGUCGGAAAAAGUCGGCAUCUGCAUCUCCUCCGCAUCCUUCUUCGUGACGGCAUACGUCGUCGCGUUCGUCAAGCACGCGACGCUGGCGGGUAUCCUCGUCUCGCUCGUGCCGGCGUACAUGCUGAUGAGCUGGGUGGGCAACUACUUCAUCGAGCGGUACGCCGGGCGGAUGUCGGACCACCUCGCCUCCGCCGCGGCCCUCGCGUCCGAGGGCCUGUCCAACGUGCUCGUCGUGCACGCCUUCAGCGCCAACGCGCGGCUGGAAGAGCGGUUUGCGGCCGACCUGCUGCGCUCGCAGCGCGAGGGCGUCAAGAAAGCGGUCGCGUCGGGCGUGCAGGCGGGUUUGAUGUACUUCAUCGCGUACGCGGCCAACGCGCUGGCCUUCUGGGAGGGCAGCCGCAUCAUCGCCGACGCCGUGAGCUCCUCCAACGAUUCCAGCGUGGGCGUCGGCUCCAUCUUCACCGUCAUCUUCAUCCUCGUCGACGCCACCCUCGUCCUCAGCCAGGUCGCGCCGUACCUGCAGACCUUCGGCGCCGCCUCGGCCGCCUUCGCCAAGCUGCGCCGCGACAUGGACCAGGCGUCGCGCAUCGACGGCACCAGCGACGAGGGCGAGGCGGUGCCCGUCGACGGCAGCGUUGCGGGCCGGAUCGAGCUGCGGGACGUGUCGUUCGCGUACCCCUCGCGGCCGGAUGCCACGGUGCUGCGCGCCGUCUCGCUGUCGAUGGAGGCGGGCCGGCACACGGCCAUCGUCGGCCUGUCCGGCUCGGGCAAGUCGACCAUCGCCGGGCUUGUGUCGCGGCUGUACGAUCCGACCGGCGGCGCCGUGCUGCUUGACGGGAAAGACUUGCGCACGCUGAACGCCCGCCAGCUGCGCGCCCACAUCUCGCUCGUGCAGCAGGAGGCCACGCUGCUGGACCGGUCCAUCCUCGAAAACGUUGCGCACGGCCUCGUGAACUCGCCCGACCCAGCCCACGACCGCCUCCGCCAAGCCCUGCUCGGCCCGGAGCUGGCACAGAUUGCCGAGGCGGUGCGCGAGCGCGGCGAGGAUCCCCUGAAGGCGGCGGAGAAGCUGAGCCCGGAGAUGGUGCUGGUUGUCGAGCUGGUGCAGCGCGCGGCGGAGCAGGCGGACGCGGCGACGUUUAUUGGAAACCUGAAGGGCGGCCUUGGUACCCGUGUUGGUCCCGGCGGCAGGAUGCUGAGCGGUGGCCAGAAGCAGCGCGUUGCCCUGGCUAGAGCGUUGGUCAAGAACCCAAAGAUUCUCAUUCUGGACGAGGCCACUGCGAGCUUGGAUUCGAGAAGUGAGCAGGCCAUUCUGGGCGCCAUCGAGAAGGUGUCGGAAGGAAGGACGAUGAUUUCCAUUGCUCACCGCUUGUCGACUAUCAAGAAGGCUGACAAAAUCAUCGUGCUGAGGGACGGCGUGGUGUUGGAGGAGGGCAGCCAUGCUGAGCUGUUGGCGAAGGAGGGUGCCUACGCAGAUCUCGUGAGGCUGCAAAACUCGAGCAGCGAUGAGAAAGCCAAGGCGUCUUCCGCUGCACCAUCUCUAAACGAGACUUCCGAGGGAACAUCCAUUGAGAAGGCACCCGCAUCAGAAAACCAGACGCCAAUCGGAGAGCUUACGGAAAAGAAAGCAGAAGCAUCCACCGAGGAAGUUGUGGACGAGAAGGCUGAGGAGAGUUCCGGAUCGCCGUCGGACAGGUCGCUGGGUAACAUUAUCGCGGAGACGUGCCGCAUGGCCCGCCCGCACCUCCUCAUCGUCCUCCUCGCCCUUCUCGGCGCGACCAUCGUCGGUGGAGCCUUCUCCGCCGAAGCUGUCAUCUUCGGAAACACGGUACAGAGCCUGAACCCGUGCAAGAGCGAGGAGAGCAUCCGCUGGCACGGCCGCUUCUUCGGCCUGAUGUUCUUCAUCCUAGCCAUCAUCGAGUUCUUCGCCAACAUCAUCAGCUGGUCCGGCUUCGGCUACGUCGCCGAGAAGAUCAUGUACCGCGUGCGCGUGCUGUCGUUCCGCGCCUUGUUCGAGCAGGACCUGCAGUGGCACCAGUCGGAGGGGCGUACGCCAGCCAGCCUGCUGUCCGUCAUCACCAACGACGGCAACCUGCUGGGCGGGCUAAGCGGGUCCAUCAUCGGCACCAUGUUCUCCAUCGUCGUUAACCUGAUCGCCGCCAUCGUCCUCACGCACGUUGUGGCCUGGAAGAUCGCGCUGGUCUGCCUGGCCAUCGUGCCGCUACUGUUGGGCGUCGGUAUCCAGCAGCUGCGCGUGCUGGCUAAAUUCGAAGAGCGGCACGAAAACGCGUACGCCGAAUCCGUCGGCAUCGGCGUCGAGGCAGCCAACUCGAUCAAGGCCAUCGCGUCGCUGUCGCUCGAGCACGAGACGCUGGCCGCGUACCGGCGGUCGCUGGCGGGGCCGCGCGAGGAAACGACGCUGGUCAGCCUGCACGCGAGCCUGUGGCUGGCGGCGGCCUACUUCAUCGGAAACCUGGGUUAUGCGCUGGCUUACUGGUGGGGGUCCAAGAACAUCAUCUCCGGCUACUACGGCCAGGCCCAGUUCCUCAUCGUCGUUUUCUCGCUGCUCGUCAGCGCGCAGCUGUGGAGCCAGAUGUUCGCUCUCGCGCCCGAGGUGUCGAGCGCCCGCGCCGCCAUCGCCCGCAUCCUCAACGUCAUCGAGCUGAACCCCGACCAGCGCCUCUCCGGCAGCGGCAGGAUCGCGCCGCCUCCGCCCGGCGACGCCGCGGCGUCGUCUGAGAAGGAAAAGGACGUCGAAGCGUCGGCGGCGUCCAGCCCCGUGUCUGCCGAGCGCAGCGGCGGCAUCGGCAUCGAGUUCCGCGACGUCGAGUUCGCGUACCCGGCGCGGCCGAACGCGCGGGUGCUGCACGGGCUGAGCCUGUCGGUGCGGCCAGGCCAGUUCGCGGCCUUCGUCGGGCCCAGCGGCGCAGGAAAAUCGACCAUCAUCGCGCUGGUCGAGCGCAUGUACGUCGCGGCGUGCGGCAGCGUGCUGGUCGACGGGCGCGACGUCGCGCAAACCACCGACGCGUCGUUCCGCGACGACAUCGCACUCGUGCCGCAGGAGAGCGUGCUGUUCGACGGCAGCGUGCGCUUCAACCUGGGCCUCGGCGCGCGUCCGGGCCACGCGGCCACGGACGCCGAGAUCGAGGAGGCCUGCCGCCUCGCCAACAUCCACGACGUGAUCGCUGCGCUGCCCGACGGCUACGACACUGUCGUUGGGCCGAAUGGCGGAAGGCUGUCGGGCGGGCAGAAGCAGCGGCUGGCCAUCGCGCGUGCGCUGGUGCGCCGCCCCCGCCUGCUCAUCCUCGACGAGAGCACGUCGGCGCUGGACGCCGAGUCGGAGAAGCUGCUGCAGGACGGGCUGACGAAGGCCGUGGCACAGCGCGGCAUCACGGUGCUGGCUAUCGCGCACCGCUUGCACACCAUUCGCAAGGCCGACGUCAUUUUUCUCAUUGAGCAGGGCCGCUGCGUGGAUCGUGGAACGCACGACGAGCUGUUUGAGCGCAGCGAGUCGUACAGGACGAAUGUGCUGCACCAGACAUCAGCCGAGUAG